GGGGCGUGGUCUCACCUCCAAGCCCCGCCCCCUGCUCGACACCCAGCCCGACUCGUGUCCGUCUCGUCUCCUAGCGACCCUCCGGUCUUCCCGGUGUGAGGAAACCCGUCCGGAUCCCCCAUGGAACCGAACCCGGAGUGAGCCGAGCCGCCUGAGGCUGAGCGGGCCGCCGCCAUGACCGACCGGUACCACCGGGCGGCCCGGGACGGGUACCUGGACGUCCUGAAGGAGGCCGCGAGGAAGGAGCUCAACGCCCCGGACGAGGACGGGAUGACUCCGACCCUCUGGGCCGCCUACCACGGAAACCUGCCGGCGCUACGGCUCAUCGUCAGCCGGGGAGGCGACCCGGACAGGUGUGACAUCUGGGGCAACACGCCGCUCCACCUGGCAGCUGCCAACGGCCACCACGCCUGCCUGUCCUUCCUGGUGGCCUUCGGUGCCAACGUGUGGUGUCUGGACAACGACUACCACACCCCGCUGGACAUGGCCGCCACCAAGGGACACAUGGACUGCGUCCGCUACCUGGACUCCAUCGCCGCCAAGCAGAUCUCCCUCAACCCAAAGCUGGUCGGGAAGCUCAAGGACCGGGCGUUCCGCGCCGCCGAGCGCCGCAUGAAAGACUGCGCCAAGCUGCAGAAGAAGCACCGAGAACGCAUGGAGAGGAAGUUCAUGAAGGAGUCGGCGGCUUUGGACAACCUGGACGCCAUCAGCUUCUCCAGCUACACCAGCGGCAGCACGCUGAGCCGCAAGUUCAACACCGUCACCUCCAACAUGCCAUACUCGCAGGCCACCCUGCACUCCACAGCCAAGGGCAAGGCCAAGAUCCAGAAGAAGCUGGAGAAGAAGAAGCAGGUGGACGGGACGUUCAAGAUCUACGAGGACGGGAGGAAGAGCGUGCGCUCGCUGUCCGGCCUGCAGCUCGGCAACGACGUCAUGUUCCUGAAGCAGGGCACGUACGCCCACCCCCGGGAGCGCUCGCGCCUCAACAUCCGCGACAUGUUCCCCCGAGACGACGACGACGCCGACACCGUCUCCCGAGCCAUGAGCGACCCGGGCCUCCACGAGGCCGCGUACUCCGAGAUCAGCGCCGACUCGGGCCGGGACUCCCUGUUCACGCGGCCCGGCCUCGGCACCAUGGUGUUCAGGAGGAACUAUCUGAGCGCUGGGAUGUUUGGGAUUGGCCGGGAGGAAGGGAGCGUAGCGGGCAGCGAACCUAUCGGCCGGGCGCCAAACGUCCGUCUGAGGGGAAACCUGCCGCGGCGCUCGCCCAGCUUGGACGAGGACAGCAUCGGCAGCGCGCUGAGCCUGCAGGAGAGGAACCUGCAGGAGCUGCCCUGGGAGGAGACGGACGUGGCGCUGGACGAGGACCUGGAGCCGGAGAACAGUCCUCUGGAGACCUUCCUGGCCUCGCAGAGCCUCGGGGAGUUCAUGACGAUCUUCAGGAGGGAGAAGAUCGACCUGGAGGCUCUGCUGCUCUGCUCCGACCAGGACCUCAGCAGCAUCCACAUCCCUCUGGGCCCCAGGAAGAAACUUCUGGACGCCUGCAAGAGACGACUGGACACCAUCGAGGAAUCGGAGGCCAUCGAAGACACCGAGCUCUGAAGGAUAAAAACAGAGUGAAGUGCCUCCCUGUACUGUUAAUGUUCCUCCUGCAGUCUGUGGAGGAGACUCACUGAAACUAUGAAGAGAAUGAAUAAACAUUUUUUUGGAAAGCUUUGCCACAAACACAAACACACAGUCUGCUCUGUGUUUGGAUCUCCUCCAGUCAACUUUAUCUUUACAUACUGUAUUAACUCACGUAUUAACGGAUGAUUUUAUGUAUUAGUGGAUGUACUUUACCUUUGAGUAUAAUGUUGAUUGUGUCUUUAUUGUACAGUUUUCUUACUUUAAACGUGUUAUUUUAUCAGUGGCACAUACACGGUGACGUACUGUUUAUGACGUUAUUUAUGAAUGAAAGUAGAGAGACGGUUGCUCUGCAAACACUGCUGCAAGAGUAAGGAGGUGAGGUCGAGUGUGUGUGUGUGUGUGUGUGUGUGUGUGUGUGAGCGUGUGUGUGCAUGUGUGUGCUAGAUAACAAUGUUAUCUCAGGUUGCUCUGGGUGUAUUUGGUUUCACUGAAGGUCUGUGUGUGUGUGUGUGUGUGUGUGUGUGUGCACUUGAGAGUG